CCCGUCCAACUUGGCUCCGCUGCACCCAAUAAAACAUGCCAAAACGCCAACAUACCCCCCGAGAUCUAUUCAAGGGUUACACAGUCAAGCGCCUGCCAAAAUCAAGACCAACCGCUGACUCACCGGCUGAAUACAACGACCACACCUUUGAAAACGGCCGGCGCUACCGCGGCCACAAAUCCGAGUUCCCCUGGCCCAACGACGACGAGGCAACGAACUCAUACAGCUCGCUAAACACUGUCUGGACCUUCCUCCUUAAGGCCACGGACCACCACCUUAUUAAUGCCCCCAUCACCCCGCGCGAGGGAACCAAGCUCCUUGACUGCGGCGCGCGUGGCAUGUCGUGGAUGAGCAAGACCGAAGACAAGUACCCCGGCGUGCGCAUCUCGGUCAUUGACCCUGGCUGCGCGUGGAUGUAUCCAACAGAUAUUAUCGUCCAUCAUGAGUUUGAGGGGGAGUGGCCGUUUACCGCUCGCCAAGCCUUUCACUAUAUCCGGUGUUUCGCGCUGGGCGGGAUGAUUGCAGACUAUAAAGGGCUAUAUGACAAUUCAUAUCGCCAUCUUUUACCCGGCGGAUGGCUGGAGGUGCGGGACAAUGAUUUACAGUUUUUUACGGCUUCACCAAGUCCAGAGAAGGAGGAAAAGUUGGUUGCGCUGCGAAAAUGGGAGAGGCUAAUGGCAGAGGCAGCGGAGAAGUUUGGCAAGCCAAUUAAUAUGGCAGAGAAGCACAAGGCGUUGAUGGAAGGUGCAGGAUUCACAGAGGUAAAGGAAGAGGUAUACAAGAUCCCCAUUGGCGCUUGGAUGGAAGGAGAGCCUUGGACCCCAUUCGUAGAAACCUCAUACAGACUCCAUAUGAAACAUGGGUUGGAGGGGUACACCCUGAGACUCUUUACCAAGACUCUGGGUUGGUCACUCGAGGAUACAAAGGCCUUUAUCAGCGAGGUGAAGGACGAAAUUGCCGACUCCAAGCUCAAAGAUCUCCGUCUAUAUUCUAAUUUCCACCUGGUUAUUGGGAAGAAGCCCGAGACUGCGUCAAGGAAGCCUUAGCUGGGUUUAUUGGCUGUGCUCCUCUCCUUAGCAUUAUGAUAUUUCUUGAAGACUUUCUCAGGUUUUGAUCUACUAGGCUGCCUUCAUUGCGUUAAUAGAUAGUGGUUAUAACCG